AUGUUCAUCCUCGCUGAGGAAGAGCAGAUUCAGACUUCGCUUUACCAGGCCGUUAUGGACGAAGCUGACGCUGUGAUGGCGCCUCAAACGUUGAAGAAGAAGCAGGGUGUUAUUGUUCCUUCGACGGAGGCGGAAGCUGAGAAGACGGAUAUGGAGAAGACUGAGAAGAAAAAAGCUCCCACGUCAACCACCACCACCACCACCGAAACCGCCAAACCAAAGCCACCCUCUAAAGAACCUACCCCGAUCAAUAUCAAAGAAGACGCCGAUAAGAGCAAAAUCCAGAACAAUGAGUCCGAGAAGCCCGACCCCGACCCCGAGCCUCCCACCAUCUCUUCACUCCAAGACGAGAACGCUGCUCUGCGCGCUAGAAUCACCCAGCUCCAAUCCGACCUCCACGAAGCCCAAGAUUUCGUCUUUAGUCUACAGCCCCGUCACCAAACGCUCACUGAGCCAGAGGCCGUCGAAGAAUUCACAGCGCUCUGCGCCGCUGUCGAAGAUUGGGUCGACCAGAACCUGGGCGACUCCAUCGACGAAAUGGUCGUCACUAAAGAACGACUCCGUCCUAAAGACACCCAGAACCUCAUGGACUUGAUUCCGCCCGCAGGAAAGGCAGCUUUUGAUAUCCCGAACACAGAUAUGGAUAACAUCCAAGCUGCUAUUUUGCGGUUUCUCAACGAUGUCAUCUUCUCGCAGGACUUUUAUUGUCCUCUUCCCUCGUCGGAGAGACAGUUUGUUAUGACUGUUGAGCGUAGUAUGAGGGACUUGCAGCCGAGACGAGAUACCCGAGCCUGCCGCCACUGGCGCAUAGAAACGUACACCGCAGCAGCCGAACGCCCCGGGUUCUCUGCAUACGCCGAAGACCGCAUGUGGGAAAUAAGCUGCGAGAUGGCAAAGAUGCUCCGCGUGCUAGCCACAGACACAGACGAAAACCUCGCUAAGAGCUUUUUCGAGAACAUUACCAAGCCAGCCUGUGAGCUUGCGCGCAAGAUACACCUGUGUUUCGACGAGUAUACGCUUGAGUGGUCGACAUACCACGAUAAGCAGCUCCUGGACCCAGCGGCGAUCUUUGAGAAGGAGGCUGAUGCGAAGGAGAAGUUUGCGAGCUAUGAGUUUGUGGAUCUGAACACGAGGAAGACUUUGAGGGAGAGACCGAGGGUUGAGGAUGGGGAGCUGUUGAAGGUGGGGUGGGUGUUUGACUUGAAGCCGAAACUGGUGUUUCGCAAGCUGAGGGCGGAUUCAUGGGCGGAGGGGAAGACUUUGACCAGGCCGGCGGUUCUAGUUUAUCUUACUGAUCAGAAGAGGAGGAAAAAGAUGGCGGCGCCGGCGAAGAAAGGGGAACAAGGGCCCAUUACUGUUUUGGGGGCUUUGGCAGAUUGGCUACAUCGGGAGAAGGCGAGUAGGAAGCCGACAACAGGGUUCUUUUCUGGGAUCUUUUAG